AUGAAAUUAAUCUUAGCUAAAAAAGAUGAAGAUGAAACUGCUAUCUUGUCAGAUUUUCAUCAGGAAGUUAUUAGGAUACGUUUAGUUACGACUGGACUUGAAAAUACUAUUCUAGAAAAUGGUGAUUACGAAGCUAAAUUUAAGGAAGACGGUUUAGAUUGUCCGAAUGCUGAUUUAAAUAAUCGGAUAAUUACUAUCAAUUGGAAUGAGUAUAGCUAUCAUGCUAUCGAUUACGCUUGCAAGGUUAUCAAAAAAGCAGCUACUAAUAUAGCUCAAAUCUCUCUAAAGCUUGAAGACCCGAAGCGAGACACCAAGGCAAAGAUUUGCUUCUUGUUGAGAUCAAAUUCCAACAAGUUUACGCAAAUGAUGGCUAGACAUCGAUCGAAAUCGGUGGAAGGAUUGAAGUCUAAAAUGAUCCUUAGUCCACCACCGCAAUAUGAUGUUCAACAUGAUUCAUGA